AUUUAUUGAUAUAGUGACCAUACCACUAUUAAACUAUUACUCUCCAUUCUUCUAAGCUGAAAUUAGGAAACUUCAUCAGUUUGAUUAUUUGAUCAGUAUGACUUUUUUUUUUUUUUACAGGUGUACUUACCAUAUACUCUGUCUCUCUUUUUCUCCCUCUUGAUGACCAAGUGCAUAAAUAACCCCAUAGUGUAUGAGUAAGAACUUCUCUUGACCCCGACAAAAAUCACGCUGUGACCGUGACGUAUACAUUCGAUUGCGGGCUUGAAGGAGAGCACAGGUUUGAGUGGCACCUGAGUGCAUCUGUUGUGCGUCUGAAAUAGGGCACUCCGAUUGUCCUUAGAAAGGAAUGAUGGGGAGAGUCUGGGGUCGGGGUUCAGGAGAGGGGGCAGACUUGUUGAAGGAGAAAAUAGACUCCAUUCCAUCUGUCUGAACAUCUCUGCUCGACCGUGGUGUUUGGAUACAUAUUCAGGAUAAAGCUUUAAAAGAGCCCAAGCAGCCACGCCUGAAAGUUCACUUCACUUCCCCUCUUGACUGUUGGGACACAAGUUGGUCUCUGUGUGUGUCUCCGCUGGUCUUUCUUACUUGACUUCUUGACUGUCUCAGAGGGAGGCUUAACAUCAUGUCUGACACAGAGGAUAUUGUGGAGGAAGAAGUAGAGGAGGCACCUGAGGUGGAAGAGGAGCCUGAAGAAGAGCAGCAGGAGGAGGAUAAGGAAGAUGAGGAGGACGAGGUAGAUGAGGAGGAGAGGGAACAUGUUGAGUGGGAGACCAAGCCAUGGACCAAGUACAUUACCAACAUCGCUCCUCCCAAGCAGCCCGACGGCGAGAAGUUAGACUUUGAUGACCUCCACCGCAAGAGGCUGGAGAAGGACUUCAAUGACCUGCAGAGCCUGAUCGAGAUGCACUUCUCCAGCCGCCAGAAAGAGGAGGAAGAGCUGGUGGCCCUCCGCAGCCGCAUCAAGCGCCGCCGUGCCGAGCAAAACAUUGAGCGCCAGGCCCGUCUUGCUGAGGUGUGGACCCGCCGGAAAGAGGAGGCCAAGCUCCUCGCCGAGGAGGAUGCCAGGAAGAAGAACGUCUUCUCCAAUAAGGCGUUCGGCGGCUACAUACAGAAGGGGGACGUGAAGAAGGGCAAGAAGCUGACGGGGCGCAAGAAGAAGACCAAGGCUCUGUUGGAACGCCGCAAGCCCCUCAACAUCGACCACCUCAACCAGGAGAGGCUGGCGGAGAAGUCCCGCGAGCUCUGGCAGUGGCUGCGCCAACUACACGCUGAGCAGUUUGACCUGGCCGAGAAGCUGAAGAGGCAGAAGUACGACGUGAACGUGCUGCGGAACCGCAUCAGUGACCACCAGAGGGGCUCCAAGGUGGCCAGGGCGACCCGCGGGGCGAAGAAGUUACGUUAGUCACACAGCAACAACCCCAACAUAAUCAGAUUAGCCGAGCUGUCUUUGGGACGUUUUAGGUACAUCCACCUGCUUCUGCUUUAUCAUAUUUCCUGAGGAUUGGGUAUAGGCCUGCUUGUUUGUUUGUUUGGGGGUUUCUACAGUUAGCUAAGCAGGUAUAUAACUGAUCAGCCUACAUAAUGUAUUUACAGGUUUUGUACAGGCUGUAAUUUUCUUUGGGGACUGUAGUUGUCUGAUGUAAACAUUUUAGUAUGGUUCACAAGGUAUAUGGUUCCUGAUAUCGUAUUCACAGAUCAAGCUAAUUGUUUGAAUGCUGUUAACACAGUUUUGAUUUGAUCAUUCUAAUAAAAUGU